AUCGUAGUGCCAUGGUGGUAGACAGAUGCUUACACACUGUACAUAAAGGCAACCAUAUAAGUUAUGUGUAGCAUAGACAGCAUUUUGCUGAGAUAUUAUCUCAAGAUAUCGCAGUAAGGGACACCGUAACUCUGACUGCCACUAGGAACGUAACACUACCCUAGAAAUACUACAGUCGUGAUAUCGCAUGGUUACUGGCGCUACUAUGGAUAUUGUAGUUGCCAACAGGCCGGAGGGCGAGCCUUCAAGUACGGAGCACAUCAAAUCGUACAUCGAUGUUGUCGCACGUAAGGCACUGCCGGGCAACUAUAACUUUGAACUUCCCAAGUGCAUUGAAAGGAUCAAGAAUCUUGGAGCUAGAACUGUGGCCUUACAACUUCCGGAAGGCCUGUUAGCUUGGGGUUGUGAACUCGCGGACAUACUGAAGUUUUUCUGCAGCUGUCUAGAGGAAGUUAUUAUCAUGGCUGAUGUAACUUAUGGUGCCUGUUGUAUAGAUGACAUUACAGCUCAUGCUAUUGGCUGUGACCUCAUUAUAAAUUAUGGUCAUUCGUGUUUAAUUCCUGUGACUCAAGUGCUGGUACCAUGUCUUUAUGUUUUUGUUGAGAUCAGCUUUCCAUCUGACUACUUGGCUGAUGUGGUGACCAAACUGUUUGACCACGACGACCGUCUUUUUCUUAUGGGCACUAUACAGUACUCCAACGUUUUACGCGAUGCCGCUCGUAAAAUUGACGAUUCCGGGCAUUUUAGGUACAGGGUGAUAGUGCCGCAGGUGUCACCGCUACUGCCUGGUGAAGUGCUUGGUUGCACGUCGCCAAUGCUUAAGCACUGCCGCUUUGAGCUUAAUGGUCGAGCUAGUACCCCGGAGAAAGUAGCUGGAGACCCUGUAACAACCUGUUGUGACAGUAUGUCAGACCCUUUGGAUGGAUGCACUAAAAUAGUAUUCGUCGCUGAUGGCAGGUUCCACUUGGAGAGUGCACUUAUACACAACCCGGGGAUACCUGCCUAUAGGUUCGACCCAUUUCAGAAAACCGUUACUGAGGAAUCCUACGAUGUGGCGGCUUUACACGCUACUAGGGGUGAUACCAUAAACCAAGCUCGGGCUGCACGGUCAGUUUGUAUCGUCAGAAGCAUGCUGGGCAGGCAGGGUAAUGUCAACAUCAUGCGCUCAAUUGUGGAGAUGCUGGAAAAGCGCGGGGUCAAAUACCACCUUAGGAUGCUUUCGGAGAUAACGUUGGACAAGCUAGAGGCUCUAGACGUCGAUGCCUACAUACAAAUUGGUUGCCCUAGGUUAUCGAUCGAUUGGGGUACCGGUUUUGGAAAGCCGAUAUUGAAUCCCUACGAGUCGUUUGUGGCAUUUAGCGGUGAGGAGUACAGAUCGGUGUACCCGAUGGACUACUACUCGAACACUGGUGGUGAGUGGUCAAACUACACCGCCAAUCGCAAAGUGGCGCCUGCAGUGGACGCCAAAGAUGCAAUACGCCGGCGCUUGGCAGAACGCGCGAAGGCCAAGCAACUAAUGUAUUCACACUAAUCCAUGGACUUAAGAAAUACAAAUUAAAUG